ACGAACCCAGCUUGAGUGCCGUCUCCUCGGCUCCCUCGCCCGCUUUCCAAGAGGCCCAGGUGGCUCUGCCGCGGCCUGUGUCUCCUGUGACCUACAGAACCUGGAGACCCGUCGAGAGGACCCGGAAACACUGAGUUCAAGUGAUUUUGCUGAAUAAGCUUGACUGGGAAGCAGAAUCAUGGGUCCAGAGACUUGAGGCAAAAGUCGAUCCUGAUCCUGCAAAAGAAAAUCAUUGAAGUCCCAGUUAGUUCUUUUUGGGAAGCUUCCCUUGCAGUUGUCCCAGGUGCUCACACUAGCCAUGGAAGGGGCCUUUGAACUGAGAGAAGCUGCAGAGUCGUGGAAAGCUGGAGACCCCCAGGACUCACUGGCCUUUGAGGAUGUGGCUGUAACCUUCACCCAGGAGGAGUGGGCUUUGCUGGAUCCUUCCCAGAAGAAUCUCUAUAGAGAUGUGAUGCGAGAAACCUUCAAGAAUCUGGCUUCUAUUGGAAACAAAUGGGAGGACCAGAAUAUUAAAGAUCAAUAUGAAAAUUCUUGGAGAAAUUUACGGUAAUGUAAACUCAGAAGAGGAAACAGUAUUGUUUCAGGCAAUGUUAGCAUGUCAUGGUAUUUUAAAAACAAGAAUGACUUAAAUUUAUUUAUUGUUAAAAAAUAUUUACCAGAAACAUGUAGAUUUUCAGUCUUUUCAAAAUAGUUUAGUUGGUACCAGUACUAAUAAACUGCACAUAUGAAUGAUCACAUUGAAUAACUAGAUGGGAUGGAGCUAUAUUGUAGUAUAAUCUAUCCAUUUACUUUCCUACAAUGUAGUGAUCAUCCAAAACAUUCCCUGAUUUGUAGCAAUGUAAGCCCCAGACCUAUUAAUAAAUAGAAAAUUAUUAAUAAAA